AUGAAUUUUGAUCCUAGAGAUUACUCAGUCAAGGAGGAAUUCCCUGUGGCUUUCAACUUGAAUGAUGUACCCAUGACCCAGGUUGUUCUGGAUUUAACAAAUGAAGAUGAAGACGAAGAUGAUAUGGAUUUAUUGUUUAGUGAAAGUCCAGAAGAAAGAGGAUCCAGAAGUUUAACAGCUGAUAUAUCUCAACAAUACGAAGAUUCAGAGACAGAAAAAUCAAUUGAUGCAGUUACACACCGUGGUGAAACACCUUUCAUCAACUCAUCUGAUACAGAACAUGAUGAAAUUGAACAUGAUAGUCAAUCACAAAAAAGUCAACAAACAGUGGUAUCAAAUUUGUUUGUUGAUCCAGAUUCUAAUGAUUGGAGUACAUCACAAACUGCUUCACUAAAAACCGACAGCUCGAAUGAUAAGAGAGAAUAUUUUUUCAGUUUAGAAGAUGAUGAAGGAAGUUCCACAGAACAACCAUUAAAGAAGAGUAAGACAAUCAUCAAUCAACCACUAGAGAAUAAAACAGAAGGUGAAGUAGAUGAAACAGAGGAAUCAGAAGAAGAUGAAGAUUCAGCUAUACAAUCUGAAGAACAAUAUCAAAGAAAUGGAGUACCAUACGAGGAAGAACGUGCAAGUUAUAAAAAUUACGAAUCCAACUCAAUAGAGCAACAAAAUAAUGAAGAGAUUGAAGAAGAUUCAAGUGAUGUGGAAAUAACUACAAUAGUACCCAUCCCUCCUAAAAUGAGUAUAGAUGAACUGAGACCAUUGUUACGAAGUGGAGUUGCCAUCGGCUUAGGUAUUGCAGCUUAUGAACACAGAGAAGAAUUAAGGGAAUUAUAUGAAGAUGUCAAGGUUGGUGUUGAAGCUGCAAUUGCUGAGAGACGGAGAAGAAAAGUGUCGAAUAGACCUUACCGCACUGGACCAAAUGACAAUCCAUUUUUAGCACCAGGUGAAAGGGAAAGUGAUUAUGAUGAUGAUGAUUUAUAUCAAACUGCUGGUUCACAAUCUUCAUCCACUCUGAGAGUUGAAGAAAGUCAAGAGCGUUCAAAUAAUAAUGAUGGUCAAAGCGAAGGCGAUUUUUGGGAUAGUUCAAAAAGCUCAACUUCCAAUGAUGGUCAAACUUCUGGAAUCUAUAAUAGAACAGCAACAUUCAGAGAAAGAGGUAGAAGAAACAGAAGAACAGCUUCACCACAGGUCCAAACUUCAUUUUCAGAAGAUGUAACUACAGGGAUUAUUACCUCAUCAUCGGGGGAAGAAACACCAGAAGAUGAACCUCUUCCUUCAUACUCACAACUUAAUAACAAUAAUAGAUUUUUGAGAAAUUAA